UAAAAAGAGACUUUAACUUUUCAUGUUACCAGACCGAUUGUUGGUCUCUUUGGUCCAGUUCUAGGGGAAUAUUGUGUGAAAAGGUCUAAUAGAUAACUUUUUGAUGAAGUUUUGAUUAAUUUUUGGGAAACAAAAUUUCAAAAAAGGACUUGUAGACAUUUACCAGAUUUAAAUGAGGCCCAAACUUUCCAACACGAUGAAGGAGCGUAGGCUGUCUGCUUCACUCUCCCUAGAGAAUCUUAUUAUGGAUUUUGAAAACCCGUUCACCCCUAUUCAGAAGAACUACAAUAAUGCUAUUCUACGACAAUCUCAUGCCAAACAAUUGUUGGUUGGUGUUACAUCAUUUGAGAUAUAUCGUAACAGAGUACCAAAGAAAGUGAAAUUAUUGGAUGUCAAGUUAUCAUUCUCAUACCAAGAUAACUACCAAACUGAAACAGAUCUGUUGGAGAAAGAACUUGUCCGUAAAGGCAAGAAAUGGAAUUGGCCAUUACAAAAGGGACAGAAUCACAUUAUAACAUUCCCAUAUGCUCCUGGGGAUCGUGUCAAUCUAAAUUUUGGCAUGACUGUAUUUAAGACAAAGAAAAUGAGCGUGUUUAGCUCUGAGACUUUAACAUCACCUGUGGGAAAUGUUACUGACUGUUUUGUCCUCGCCAAAAAUAAUGGAGUUGGAAUUGGACUUCCAAUCGACACUGUGAUCACAAAUCAUGUUAGACUGAACUUCAGUUUAGAUGGUUAUGCUCAUCACAUGACCAUCAAACUAAAACUUGGUUUGAUUGAAGAAAGUAGCGGAAAUCCAUCACUGUGGCUGCGACCAAUCUCUAUAGACAAACCUUUCAGAAGUUCACAGACUUUAUUGGAAAUGUUAGGUGAUCCAACUACCUUUCCUCCAAUGUCAAAAGGCAGUGCAGAAGAAUUGGUGAAACACAGAAGCUUUAUAGCCAGCUCACAGAAAAUGGUGAACUAUUUAAGAUCAGGUGUUUUGGAUUGUUGGUCUGUACGACCAUGCUCAGGCGCUUCAGAACUGCCGUCCGGUAUCCAGAUCAGAAUGGCCACCUCUAACAAACCAAUAGCCUGUAUACUUCCUGUCGUGGAAAGAUUGGAAACUCUGCCAGAUACAGCGCCACAUCUUAGACUUGGCUUACUAGUGAUUUGUGGAUCUAAACCUUACUGUUUGUGUUCAGCUAAAUGGAGAAGCUCAGAUAAGUUUGACUUCAAGAUCCACUACUAUGAAAGUGGAGAGACAUGGGGACAAAGAAUCAAGUGGAAUUCACGAGACUUUCUGGACAUCAAUCAUAUCAUAUUAAACAGUACAGGACAUCAGUAUUUCUUCAAACCAGGUCACGACACGGCUUUACAGGACAUUUGUAUCGGCUUGUGUGGAAAAUUCUUGGUCCGCUUUAGUAACGAAAUUCUUCCAUGGAAGAAAGAAAUGUCCACACCAUUAUCUGAGAUUGAUUUGGAUUUGGACCAUACAGAUGAAGGCUAUUCUGAUGAAUCAUUAGCACUGAAGCCAUGUAAUCCAAUAGACAGUUGUUUGAGAACUAUCCCAGAAUUCCUCAGAUCACAUGGUUUAACAUUAUAUUGUGAUAUUGCAGCAAGACUUGAUGAGAUUCAGAAACUGGACCAUGAGAGAAUGGUUGAAAAACCAACAUUACGGAGAAUUAAUAGUGCUAGUAGCUAUGGUGACACAUUCCAAGGUUAUAUCAAGAACGAUAACAGAGGUUCAAGAAAAAGUCUCAAGAAAUAUAACAAUAAAGACCAACGUGGUAGCGAAGGUGAUAUUACAACGUCAGGUUUUGUGGAAGAUUUCACAGGUUACUCAUUUUCACGAACAGCAUCAUAUAGUAAUAUUGAAUCAAUGAUUGAUUAAUGACUGCUCAAUAUUACUGCUCAUUUCAUGGAGUUCUUCUCAUCAUGUGCAUUUAGUACACAACCUUUGUAUUUUGUAUUGCACAUUAACAACAGUCCCGUGUACCAGUUCCAGUAUAUAAACUGAGAAAGGUGGACCAAUGCUGCUUAGUUUUACAGUGAAGCAAUGGUGAAUGGAUGGUCCUACUAAAGGGAUUUUUUGCACACAAACAUAUAUUUUUAUAUAUACACAGGCUGUAAUCGGGACAUAUAACUGCAGUAUAAGUUAUUGAAACCAGUAUUUUAUGUUAAGAUGUGUUUAAGCAUAAACUGAGAUUGAUGUGAUUGUCUUUAAGACAAAUACUGUACAAAAAAGUGACAAGAACUUGCAACAUUAAAACCAACCUUUAAUGCUCUGCAUCUAUGAAUUUAAAAUAUAUAGUUUCAUCAUCAGCAUACAGGUUCUUAUUGCAGAUUGUACAAAAAUGCUUCACACAUUUGUAUGUUAUUGUCAUGAUUUAGUAUUGAUAACAUCUAUUAUAAAUUUUUUGUUUUGACAAUUUCAUAUUCUGGAAUGCUAUUUUUGAAGUUGUUUAAAAUACAGCACACCCAGUUGAAUAUAACUUUCAAACUAAUGAGUCACAUGCUAAAGGAUCACCAAAUACCAUCUAUAACAGUAUUUUAUCAAUACUUUGUAUAGCUGAAUGAGAAAUUUUCAUGAUGUAUUCUAACUAAGUAUGUCUUGAUUGUUUAGACUACUGUUAUAUGACGCAAUAGAAAUACCUCACUUUAUUAUUGUUAAAAGUUUCUAUAUUUUAUGUCAUAGACAUGUUAUAUGAAUUGCCAUUUCAUUGAAAUGCAAUUGAAUUUUGUGAUUUUGUUAAAGCUCCUCUUUAACAUCCAACAUGAAUGUCUUUUAUUUGUUGGAUUUUUUUUUUGUAUUUUUUGGGUUGCUGUCUCAUUGAUGUAAACCCUAUGACCACUUACAUUCAUAUUGGCAAUACUUUUUGACCCUUGAAAAAUAUUAAGAAAUUAUUCACUUAACAGGUAUUUAGGGGGUUGUUUUUCAUUUAGAGGCUAAUAUUCACUUAAUGGAUGUUACAGGAUCACUUUUCAUUUGGAGGAUAAUAUUCAUAGAAAAUUUUGAAAUGUACUUGAUUGUAAUAAUCUACAAAGUAUUAGGAUUGCAAUUGUAAAAAAUGAAAAUUACAUGCAUAGAUAGGAUAAUGUUUUGAUAUUGAAUCUCAACUUAAACAGUAUUUGUAUAAGUUUGUAAAUGUAUAUUGUAUUCUUAGUUUUAAAGAAUAUGUAAAUGAGAGGAUAGAUCUAUCAUGUUUCGCAUUUCGCUCUGACAGAUAGGUUUGUUUUUUCAAAAUCUCUUUUAUGAAAAAGCAUUGUCAUUAAAGCCAUUUGAUGGCUCAUGCUGCAAAUUUUGCAAGUCAGUGACAACUUGUUGUAAAAUAAAUUCUAUGUCAAUUGUCGUUGUUUCUCUAGAUAAUUUUAAUUCUAGAUUUUCAACCCACCAUAACUGACAAGCUCAAAUCAAUGUUUUUGUUAUUUGAAAAAGGAUGUACAUGGAAAUUAGAAACUCCGCAAGUUUUCAAUCUAAGGAAACAUUGCCAAUGAAGGAUUUUUAACUAAUAACAAUGUUUAUUCACCUACUAGAUGGUCACAUGAUAGUCACAUGAUGAUUUUUACAGUAAAAUUCAGAAUGGACUGUUCAACUAAUGAAAAUAUUAACAUUUAUGACUUACGUACUAGGUUAAAUAUUAAGUAGAACUUAGAUACUGUAUCUAUGCCCAUGCUGAUUGGCACAAGUUCUAUCCAUUUUAUCUAUUCAUAUUGACAAUAAUAAGCAAAAUUUAAACAAAUUAUUGAUAAAACAGUUUAUAUUUUGAUUUGGAAAAAGAUAUUGUUAAUAAGGUAAAUUUGAUAUCAAUGAUUAAAUACACUGAACUUUCAAGUUGUAUGUUACAACAUUUGGACAGAUUUAAUUCAAGUAAACAACUCCGAAAUAUGGGUGACCACAACAAAAACACAAAACAAAACAAUCAGUUUCAUUGUAAUUAUGAUAGUUGGUAUGUAGAGGGCAUAAUCUUUUUUGACAAGGUUGUUAAGUUCAUAUCAUGUAUGUAACUAUGUUUGACAUUUAUAAGACAAAUGUGUUGCAUUUGGCAAAAGAAAGUUUGAUAGUAAGAACUUUAAAUUGCUGUGAGAUAAGAAUUCUGAAAGGAAUAUGGAUUCCAUUUAUACAUUUGGUUGGUUAUUUUCCAAAGCUGUUAUUGAUUAUGUUUUUAUUUUUAGUCUCCAGAAGUUUGAAAGUUUUGGUAGUGAAUCAUUGAUGAUUGCAUAUUCAGAUAUUUCCAUGAUGAUUUUCACAUUGAAAUUGUGAAAGAUAGUAUAUCUCUGUCAAUGAAUGAUUCAAUCAAAACUUAUUUAUUAAAAAAAAAAUCCAUUUAAAGAAUUAUUCUAGUAAUAUUUUGGAAAUUAACUGACAAGAUGUUGUUAAAAUGAAUACAUCCAUUACAUUUGGCUCAAUUUUUUUUUAUUCAAGGUUAAACUGUAAUUAAUUCUUGACCUUGUUUGUAUGAUAUAUAGGUUGUAUAUGAAUUUUAGAAGUGUGCAAUAGUGUUUUACAAAUGUAAAUACAAAUUUGUUGGGAUAGUUUUAUUUCUUUUAAGAAAUUAAUCUUCAUUGUCAUUAUUCAUAAUUAUAUAUUGUAUGCAAUGUUUGAAUUUUUCAUAUAUAUGUAUAUACUUUCAUUUUUCACUUUGAAAUAAUUCAUUUUGACAUUUCCAGCAAUGAAAUGCUGCAUAUGAAUUUCUUCUUUAUCUGCUGUUAAAAAUCCUUGAUAUUCUUGUUAAAAAUUGAUUUAAAAUGAAAAAAAAUUAAAUAUGUUUCAAUGUUAGUUAGUCUAACAAUAGCAAAGUAUGUUUUAAUCAAGAUUUUUGCAAUAAAUAUAUAAACAUAUAUUUUGCCUUAUCAGUAUUAAAAAUUGAAUGCUUCGAGAGAAAAAAAAUGCUCACAUAUACCAACAUUAAAAUUUACUAGUAAUAAUUACAAAGAGGAGACAAUUUUACUAUGUUCUUAGCACUAAAUAAAAUACUAAAUUUGAUAAUAACAACCAAAAAAGUUAGUUUCAGACUAAAUGAUAUUUUAUUUAAGUUGUUUGUGUUUGUGGUUCUCCAGUGUAAUUUCUGGUGGAUAAAUGUUUGUUAUUUAUUUUCUUUCACAUUUUCAUAAUAUUUAGUCCCAUUUUUAUAUGACCACAUAAUUUUUCUGCAUAUCAUUAUAUGACAUUGGUAUUGUUUUUUUAAUCUACCCCCUGAUAUAGGCAUGAUGAUUUCCAUGUAAUAUCUUUUGUUUUAGUUGAAAAAUCCUUAAGAAAAUGUUUCUUUGCAUAAAACAUAAUCACAAACUGGAACAAACCGGUUAACACUUUUUAAAUUUAAGACUGAUUUUCAUAGGUACUUAUAAAAACUCUGCUUGCAUUAUGGGUAUUUUCCAACGAGAAUUGUAUUAGCUGUUACAGUUGCCAAGCUAUAAUGAGCCAAAAUAGUUACUUGUGAUAUGCUGUCUUAAGACCUCUCAUUAUUUAUCCAAUUAUAAUUUUAUUUUCCAAUUACUUUCACCUAAUGCGAGCUUUUAGUGGUAAAUCUACCAAAUUUUUGUAGUGCAUAUGCUUUCUGAGCUAUAAAGGAGAUAAGUGGCAAAAUAUCACAAUUUAGAUGUUACAUAGAGAUUUAUUUUUCACUCUUUUUGGUUAAGAUUUUACAGCAAUGGUAUAUUGACCAGAGAUUAAACAGAGAGAUUAAAAAAUAUAACACUUUAGCUUAGCUUAGUCCAUAAAUUGAUGUUUCCCUAGCAGUGUCUGAGGUAUAAAGAUUUCAACUGGCUUAUGCCCUUAUAAAGUGGACCCAACGUAUUAUUUGGGUGGAGCACAAUACUAUAUCUUCACUUGCUAUUAAUAUACACUUGUUGAACUUUCCCUUAUUGACAUGCUUCAGUCAUGCCAUGCUGUGUCAGGUGUAGCCCUUAAUUAAACAUAUAUAAAUAUUUAAUAGUCCCAUUUUUACCAUGGAUUUGUACAACACUUAGCAAUAAAAUUCUUACACAAACCACAUUUUAUUUUAAUAUGUAUUAUAGCACUGGACUUAUAACAUUUUAUGCAGACACAUGUUUCAUUCUUAAGUAUUGCAUUUAUUAUAGAGUAUUUAUGUAUAUUAUGUUCUAUUUCCUGUGGUUUUUGGGGAUUUAAUUCAUUUAUAGUGCCUUGACAACAAUGUCACAUUGUUUCUGUCAACCUACAUGUAUGUCAUGUUAAAAAUGAGUAAUUAGUUAUUUCAAUUCAGCAUAAAAUUAAUGAUAUAUUUUGUUAAUAAGACAUAGGUCACAAAGUUAAUAGGAUGCAUCAUGUGCACAUUUUUGCACAAUAUAUGUUAACAUUGUCAUUACUAUAUAUGUAAAAGCAGUUUUUUUUUAAAUUUAUUUUAAACAAUUAUUAAGUCAUUUGUUCUAGAUCUAAAAUAAGCCAGCUGAAUGAUUCAAAAACUCAAUUUUUGUAGGAUGUAUUGAAAAUCAAAGUAUAAUUUGUUCUUUCUAAAUUGAUACUAUGCACAUGCCAUACAUUGUUUCAAUUACUAAUGAAAGCAGUUUCACACACGUAUGCACACAUGGGAAGUUUGACAAAUUAAAGGAAUCAUUACCAUUAACAAGAUAAAUUGUUUCAUUUAAAGACAAUGAAAGGGACAGUGGCAGGGCUUUACAUAAACAAAAUCUUUGGUUAUACUUUUCUAUUUCCUUGAGUCAAAUUUAAGCUCACCUGUAAAAUUUUCAUUGAUUCAUUAAUCAGAUCAACUCAAAGGUGAAAGGAUGAUUAUAUUGAAAAAUUAUUAUUUAUGUAACAAGUUUAUUCGGUAAGGUCUAUCAAUUAUAGAUUUUUAUAUCAUAUGUAUGCAAAGCAAUUGUGUCAAAUCGGUGCUCUUGUUAAGUUCAUACACUAUAGCAUAAGGUUACAGAAACAUAUCAGUCAUUUAUAUUACCUGUUUUGUCCUUCAUAAAUAUCUUUUUUUUAAACCUGACGUUGUAAAUAUAGAAAGUGUCAUAAUUGUGACGGUGUAAUUAGGUUGUUAAUAUACUGCUGUCAAAAUAUUAAUGAUUCAGGGGUUUCCCUCAAGUGUCCUCAAGCUAAUUUGACAAUUGUAUCAUUACAUACUCUUUUACCAACAGUAAUAAUUUAUACAGAAAUAUUAUAUUUAUUAUAAAUGUUGUUUUCUGUAAAUGAAAAUUUUAAGUCAUUUAUUGUUUACUCGAACGUCAUGAAAUAUAAUAUUGUACGUAUUUGUGAACAAACACUUCACUUCAUUUUUUCUCAGCUUUUAUUUUUUCUUUUCAUUUAGUAAGGAAAUGACCUCUUUUAUGCAAUAACCUGUGUCUUUUUUCAUUAUACCAUAUCAUAUAUUGUUGUAUAGGACUAAAAUGAUGUCCAUACACAUGUGAAUAUCAGUAUAUUUUGUUUACUCCAUUGUUCAUUUUAUACAGAAGUUUUUAUCAUGUAGCUUUAACAUGUUUAAUGAUAUUAAAGUUCAUCAAAAUA